AUGAGACUUCCCACUGCUAAAUCCUGUGCAUUAGGUUUCACGCUAGCAACCAGCUUAGUGGAGGCACUACCACAGUUCGAUAGAUAUAAAGAACAUUCAAAAAAAGAUGUUUCCCACCAACAUCAACGUAAGAGAGCUGUCACAGUGGAAUAUGUAUAUGCUACUGUCACAGUUGCUCAUGAUGCAGAACAACAAAACAAUGCUGCUAAUGAUUUGCUAAAAGAAGACGAAGUCCAGGGCAAUGUUGCUGCUGCCGGCUCCCCUGCUCAAGAGGCUGUCCAGCCAACUACGACCGAUUAUGCUCAAGGGCAAACAUCAACUUUACAGCCCGAGACACCUCCAUCUAGCUCCAGUCAAUAUAAUGCAAACCAGGAACAGCAACAACAGCAAAAUCAACCUAAUGAUCAACAAGCAGCUGCUCAACCUGCUGGAAAUGACCAACAAUCUAAUGCCUACAGCAGUGAAGUACCUGCAGCACCUCAAUCUGCUCAAGUACCCACAUCUCCAUCAUCUACUCCAUCCAAUGCUGCGACUAGCAAUUCCGGUUCAAGUUCUAAUACAAAUUCGGGAUCUUCAAGCGCUGGUACUGGUAGCAUUUAUGGUGAUUUGGCAUCCUUCUCUGGUCCUAAUCAACCAUUUCAAGAUGGCACUAUUCCUUGUUCUCAGUUCCCAUCGGGCCAGGGUGUUAUUGCUCUAGAUUGGCUCAAUCAAGGCGGUUGGUCUGGUAUUGAAAACAGUGAUACUUCCACUGGAGGUCCUUGUCAAGAAGGCUCAUACUGUUCAUACGCAUGCCAGCCGGGCAUGUCGAAAACUCAAUGGCCAUCAAACCAGCCAGCAGAUGGUAGAUCAGUUGGUGGUUUGUUAUGUAAGAAUGGCUUUUUGUACAAAUCCAAUCCUUCUGCUAACUACCUCUGUGAAUGGGGUGUAAAUGCUGCAUAUGUCGAGUCUCACAUUUCUCAAGGUGUUGCUAUUUGCAGAACAGAUUAUCCAGGUACUGAAAACAUGGUUAUCCCAACAUUUGUAGAAGCCGGUUCCACUCUACCACUAACUGUAGUUGACCAAGACACUUACUACCAAUGGCAAGGAAAAAAGACAUCUGCUCAAUACUAUGUAAACAAUGCUGGUGUUAGUGUAGACCAGGGUUGUAUCUGGGGUACUCCUGGAUCAGGUGUCGGCAACUGGGCUCCAUUGAAUUUUGGGGCUGGCUCUACCAAUGGUAUAACUUAUUUGUCUUUAAUUCCUAACCCAAACAACAGAUCUCCUUUGAACUUUAACGUUAAAAUUGUUGCUUCCGAUGAUUCGUCUGUGGUCAACGGCCAAUGUAGUUAUGAGAAUGGUGUUUACUCAGGUGGCGCUGAUGGUUGUACUGUUGCCGUGACUUCAGGAUCGGCCAAGUUUGUUCUUUACUAA